CUAGUAUAAGAAAUCGUCGAACCGCAGGGCGAUUUUGAUUUUGACUGAUCGCGGUCGUUCUCGUUAUUUCUUCCAGCGAUUUUGGGCAGUACAUUAAGGGGUCGUUUGGAAGUUGCGAUUGUUUUGUUGAGAUUGUCAUUAUGCAUGUAUUGUUUACAAUGCAUUGUUUUUUUUUUAGGAGAAACAAUACAUGGAUUGUUUCUAUGAUGUGACAGAAAUAUCACUCAUUUUGAGUGAUUGUUAUAUCUCAACUUUUAGUUGUGAUUGUUGAGAUAGUUGAGUUGAGAUUGUUUUGUCUCAGCUUUUAGCUGAUGCGACAUACACAAUCACACAUACCAAACGUUGUAUUCUACACUGCAUCAAUUUCGACAAUACAUGUAUACAUGCAUUCUCAACAAUACAUCUAUUUAACAACCACAACUUCCAAACGACCCCUACCUUUGACUUUUCGAGAACUUGUAUCGGAUUUCUAGUUUGACUUGUUGGCUAACUUAAUAGCGGUGUAAAAGAAUUGUUGUAGCUAGUGUUGUAAGUAGCAUGGUGAAUUUUCGCUCUAUAAGAUUGUGGACUAGUGUUGUGGCAAAUUGGGAAUGAGUAACUGAAUAAUGAUAUUUGUACUCUUGUCUAAUUUAUGGUGCCAUAUGAACUAUUAUAACAUCUCAUCUUAUAUUUUUGUGCAUGUUAUACGUUGUUGGCAAAAAUUAGUAUAGUUCAAAAAUCUUCUACAAAAUUAUAAUAUGUUAAAAGAUGUAAGCAUUGUUCCGAUAUCAUUAGGAAUGUGAAUGUCGAUUAUGAUUCUUACAGUAGUGAGAAUAGUCAUGAGUUUAGAAAUUUGUGUUUGUAGUUCACGGUCUAAACUGAAAAAUCACGAUCGUGACAUUCUCUCACUCUUCCCUCGUCCCCUUAUGUUUCUAUCUCACGAUCUCAACCAAAAAAUCCAAAAUUACUUAAAAUAACAUAAUUUGAGUCCAAUCCGUCUUCCUUGCAUAUUCAGAUGUGUGCGAGUAAAUGUUUCCCAUUACUCAAUAAGUUGUGGGGUCAAUGAUUUUGAGCUCAAAGAUUAAAAUCCAUCCAACAAACCUUGCAUACCUAAGCUUAUAAGAACAUAUAACAUGUACUUUCGAACCUUGUCAUCCGAUAGCAUCUCUCCUAUCAUUUAGAGGAUUGCUGAACUUGUUGGUUAUAAACUUGUUGCACUACAAGAAAGUUAGUAUUCAGCGACCAUUUUUCGAGCGACCACAAUGAAAUGGUCACCGAAAGUCAUGUUUUUUUACGAUUGACAAAUUAUAAUCAUGAUAGUUCAGUCACUUAAUUUGUUCAAUGUAACAAUUUUUUUACUAUCAUUUGUUAAAUUUUGGCGACUUAAUAAAUCAUCGGGAAUUAGAGCUGUGUGACGACCGGGAGCUAGCUACUCCGGCCUUGCUGAACUUCAAUACAACAAAAGACUCCACACCCAAAACAAUGCAAGUUUCCUACUACAACAAACAUGAAUAUAAAACCAUUAAAGUUAAACAGAAAGGGUUUCAUUCAUUCAUUCAUUUAAGCAGAGAAAACAGCCUCAACGAUCGCAUGCUUCUUCUCCGGGUACCCAAUCCCAAACAUGUGACUCAAAUACACCUUCCCGUCUUUCACCGUCGCCGCCGUCGACAGCCGAUGAGAAGGCCCCUUGAAGCUGCCCACCACUUUAGCCGUCUCCCAACCGUCGGAGCUCUCCACCAGCCUGGCCGACGGGCUCGAACCGGCGACCACGAGCCGAGUCGGGGACAGCAGCUCCAUCCCGUCUCCGAACGCCAGCGACCCUUCGACGUGGACCAAUCCGACGCUGACGUCUGGAAGCCGGACCUUGAACAGGUUGCCGGUGAAGGUGUGGAUGACGAGCAAGUAGCCGUCGGGGUGGUAAACGAUGCCGUUGAGGCCGACCAGGGAUUUGUACCAUUGUUUUGGAGUGAAGAGAGGGUGGGUGAUUGUGGAAAGGAGUUGGCCGUCGGGACCGACCUUCCAGAUUUUGUUGCCCGCAACGUCGGUCACGUACGCGUUGCCUUCUGCGUCCACUGCCACGUCGUCCGCAAAGGCUUUCCCGUCCUCUGCAUCCACACAAAGCCCAUUUCAAGUCAUGAGUUAUAGUUAGUUUCCCUAACAAGACGCUAUUCAAGCUGGCUGCCUAACUCGCUAGUCAUAUUAUCGAAUCAAUUCAUUAGUUCAAAAUAAACGAGCUCAACUCGUGAAUUGAUUCGUAUAUGUUACCUGAACAAAAUUUAUUUCAAAUGAAUUUUAAACUAGCUUUUUUUGAGCCAACCAUCGACUUGAUGGUCUGAUCAAUGAAACUGGUGCAGGACUGCAAAUGUGGAGGUUUAAUAUAAGAGGCCUAUCAUGUAGCACAUGCCCAAACUAAAUAAAAGAAAAGUUAGGCUGUUCAAAUUAUGGGCCGGCCGGCUAGUAUAGUACCAAGUCCCAGCUCACAGUAAAUUAAAUAGGAAUUUCCUAGGGAUCUCCUGCGGUAAAUUGAAAUAAGAUAACUUGAAUUUUUAACUUGUUACGGCAAGUUUCAUAGAUUGCACUAUGUAAAAUACAAUAGAAAUUACGUAAUAGUUACCUAACAUAUUGUAAUCUUAUGUAACAAUUGUAAAAGAUCAUUACAGAAGCUUUACGUAAUAGGAUGUGUUUUUACGUAAUGAGUAUUAACCUCAAAUUACGUAUAAUGCUAAGUCAUUACGUAACUUUUACGUAACGCUAUUGAUUUAACUGUUACCUAAGAAAUAACUAUCGUUUCAUAACCUUUACAUAAUGGAAGGUCUUUUUACGUAAUGAAUAUUAACCUCAUGUUGCGUAAAGUGUUAAGUCAUUAUGGAAGCCUUACGUAACGCUUCCGAUUUAACUGUUACAUAAGAAAUAACUAUCAUUCCGUAACCUUUACGUAAUGAAUGUGUAUUUUACUUAACAGUUGGAAAAUGUCAUUACGAAAGCCUUACGUAAUAGAAUAUCUCUUUACGUAAUGAGUAUUAACGUCGUGUUACGUAAAUAGCUAAGUCAUUGCGAAAGCUUUACAUAACGCUUCUGAUUUCACUGUUACGUAAGAAAUAACUAUUGUUUCGUAAUCUUUACGUAAUGGAUUUGUAUUUUACGUAACAGUUGUAAAAGUUCAUUACGAAAGCCUUACAUAAUGGAAGGUCCUUUUACGUAAUGAGUAGUAAUCUCUAUGUUACGUAAAGUGUUAAGUAAUUACGAAAGUCUUAUGUAAUGCUUCUAAUUCAAUCAGAAUUAAAAAAAAAGGAAAUGAUUAAAUAAGGAAAACCAUUAAAUGCGAAAAGGAAAGAAAAAAAGUUAAGAAAGGUAAAUUGCUUUGUUGGUGACCGGCAACUAGGGAUGACAAAAAUAUCCGUAACCGUGGAUAUCCACCCGAAUCUGACCUAAUCGGGUAGGGUAAAAUCCGAACCCGAAGCAUUUUUCGUGGGUACGGGUAAAACCCGAACCCGAAUAUUGCGGGUAAUGGGUGGACAUGGUUAUCUCACUAUCCAACCCGAACCCGCCCGAUUAUACACAUGCAUAUGUAUUUUGUCUAGAAAUUAUCAUUAUUUUUCUCUAGAAUAUUUUAUAUUUAGCAUAUAAAUAUAAUAUUUUCAU